CAGAGCGCUGGGGCUGGGGGAGAGGCUGACACCACUGGGGCAAGACGGGGAGAGUAAUGUGAGAGGGGACCGGGACAAGAGGAUUACCGGCGGGGGCGAUGCCAGAGCAAGCGGCGCUCUCCCUGUGAUAUGGGGAUGGAGAACCAGGAGCUGAUCAGCGCAGCGGAGAUUAUCAAGGAUCGCUUGUACUUUGCAACCUUGAGGAACAAACCAAAAAGUACCAUAAACACGCACUACUUCUGUACUGACGAGGAGCUGGUGUAUGAGAACUUCUAUGCAGAUUUUGGGCCUUUGAACCUUGCGUUGCUCUACAGAUACUGCUGCAAACUCAACAAGAAACUCAAGUCUUUCAGUUUGUCAAGAAAGAAAAUUGUCCACUACACAAGCUAUGAUCAGAGGAAAAGAGCCAACGCGGCCUUCCUGAUUGGUGCCUACGCAGUCAUCUACUUGAAGAAGACCCCAGAAGAAGCAUAUAGGUCGCUACUAAGCGGUUCCAGCCCCCAGUAUCUUCCUUUCAGAGAUGCUUCUUUUGGAAACUGCACUUACAACCUCACCAUCCUGGAGUGUUUGCAGGGCCUCCGCAAGGCGCUCCAUCUCGGGUUUUUUAACUUUGAAAACUUCGAUGUGGAUGAAUAUGAACAUUAUGAGAGAGUGGAAAAUGGGGAUUUCAACUGGAUUGUCCCUGGGAAAUUUCUGGCAUUCAGUGGCCCUCAUCCAAAAAGCAAAAUUGAAAACGGUUAUCCCCUCCAUGCACCAGAAGCAUACUUCCCAUAUUUCAGAAAACACAACAUCACCGCCAUCAUCCGACUCAACAAGAAGAUUUACGACGCCAAGCGGUUUACAGAUGCUGGCUUUGACCACUACGACCUGUUCUUUGUAGAUGGCAGCACCCCCAGCGAUGGCAUAGUACGGCGAUUCCUGAACCUCUGUGAGAAUACAGAUGGGGCUAUUGCUGUUCACUGUAAAGCUGGCCUCGGCAGGACAGGUACCCUGAUUGCCUGUUAUAUCAUGAAGCACUACAGGUUCACCCAUGCUGAAGCAAUCGCUUGGGUUAGGAUAUGUCGACCUGGUUCCAUCAUUGGACCCCAGCAGCACUUUUUGGAAGAGAAGCAGGCGUGGCUGUGGUUGCAGGGCGAUCUCCACAGGAGUAAACAGAAACAGAUCCAACUGGAAGAUGGGACAGUGAACCGCAUCUUAUCUGAAUUUGAAGAUUUGUCUGUCAGCAACAGACUCAGUCGCCAUCACAGUGUGGACAGAUCAGGGGAGAUUGAUUCUGAGGAUGAAUUGGAACAGAAAAAUGGAUUAACGCAGGGAGACAAAUUACGUACCUUAAAAAGCAGAAGACAGCCAAGGUCGGCUACGACAGGAGCUCUACGGCUAGAGGAAAUGAAACCGCACACCAGAUCAACAUCCCAGCCUUUCAGAAUAAUCGCCUCUAACAGUUCACAAGGCUCUAUGUCCCCAUUGAAGUCAUCUAGAGUCUCUGCGUCCACCUCAGCAGUUGCAAGAAGAGUGGCGCAGAGUUCAGGGUCUUCAAGCAGCAAGAUCAAAAGUUAUUCUGUAAGUUCACGGUUUGCUGGCUCGCUUGGGAAUCUGAACUCUGCUCUGGAAGAGAUAGACAGCUCGCGCAGUUCCCCUCCCUCCCGCCCCAGCUACUCCCCGGCUCACCCCUCCAGCUUGUACCCCUCCAGUCCUCUUGGCCGAAGCCAAGGCGAGCUCAACAACAACCGUAACUGGAAUGUGUCUACUGCUGGCAAUGAUUCACACGGAUCCUUCCGACCCUCAUACACGGGCCUCACUUCCACUGCACGUUAUCUGAGCCGCUCUAUUCCUUCCCUUCAGUCUGAAUCUGUUCAGUUCUAAAGGUUCCCACGCAGCCGUUAACCCCUUCCCCGUCACGAAUCCUUUGCCGUGGAGAAACGGAAGUGAAGCAAACAAAAGGAAUCCAUUGUCCAGAUAGCAUUUGAAGCUUAAUGAAAGCCAAUGAAAGCGUGCUAUCUGCCCACUACUGACAUACGCUUCCCUGCUACUGACUGUUUUUUUUAUUAUCACGUCUGAUUAAUUUUUAUCGUAUGAACUGGAUUUUAUAUAGAAUUUUUUUUUUUUGUAGAAUUCAACGGUGGUUUGUACAUAUUUGGUUUGAAAAUAUGAAUGUGCGAAUAGGAAAAUACUGAGGUAUAUUUAGGCGUAUGUACAUAUAUAGUAAAUUGGCCCGCUUAGGACCAUGUAGCUAGAAUGCUGGAUUGCCAGUCCAUUGGAAGUCUACAACGGCAUGUGUAGUAUAGCAGUGGGAAGGUU